UUAUCUGCACGUUGAGUUUAUCCCUCCUAAUUUUCAUAAACGCUAAUUAGUGCAGAGUUACUGACUUGAGCACUCGAAACCCGAUCCAGACUUCACAAAGAUGCAAUUACUCCAGCUAUCAAUUUUUACUCUUGCAGCGGUGCUCAUGGCAUCACUUCAAGCUGAAGAGGUUAAAUCCGAGAUUGGUGCAGCCGAAAAUAAACUUGCUCAGGUGGACGACAGCAUUCAUUCCCACGAAAAGAGGGGAUUGGAGAAACGUAAGAAGAAGAAAGGUGGUGGCGCGAAGAAGAAAAAGGUUUAA